AUGGAUUUCCACCUACGAUGCAAUUCUCUCAAAUGUCGUGAACAAUUAAAAGAGAGAGCAGUGGUCACAACUUGCUCACACAUAUUCUGUGUAGGAUGCGCCGAUGGACUUGGACUUUCACACCCCACAGCAGAUGACCGUCGCUGCCCUGCUUGUUCAACGGUCCUUUCUAACCCCGAUGACGCUGUUUCUACAAUUCUGAACCCUACUGAAGACUACAAGACCAGUGUGUUAAGUGGCUUGGACCCCAAUACUGUCAUGGAGUGUGCUGGCCGUGCGCUGGGAUUCUGGGCAUAUCAAAGCACACAAGAGAUAUUUUAUCAAGAAUUCCUAGGGAAGAGCCUCACCGAAAAGUAUACAAGUCUCAAUAUGCAGAUGGAUAAGAUCGUUCUCAACGCCAACUCUGAGAUCUCAAAUCUCCACAGCAAGAUUUCAGAUCUACAAGGUGCCCAAGAACAACUUCAAAAGAAAAACCAAGAGCUCGUCGAUCUCUACCGAGAAAAGUCAACGAAGUUGACACAGAUGACGAAUCUGUACAAUAUUCUCAAAUCACGCGCCAUGCGAUCUCGUAUGGAGACUGCAGCUUCGGAGACGGUAUCUCAUACUCUAAAUACUGCCUCGCGGAAUGGCCCAGGGCCACCACUCCCCCGGUCUGGGCCAUCUCGAAUUCCCACUUACACCACAUCAAACCCUCCAAAGACACCUUCAUAUCCUAUUAGCCCUGGAGGAAUUGAGCAGUUGCACCGAUACCAGCGAAGUGGUACUGGAAGCUCCAGACGAGUUGGCACGAAGUCAUCAAAGUCCGCGGGGUUGCCCCCUCCAGGUCGGCCUACAUUGAACUUGCAAAAUCUCCAGAAUACGACAACUAAUCCGCAGCACCGUACCCGCCUCCCACAGAACAAUCGGCCGCCGACGGCUUUUUCUCAGCUACCAUCCGCUGAUGCUAUCAUGGCCAGAUUUGGGAGUUAA